AUCUGGGGUCAUCUGAAAAAACCCGUAGGCUUGGUUAUUGGUAUGGCGAGCCAGUUUUUUCUUAUUCCUCUUCUCGCGUUUUCUUUGAUCAAGAUCUGUGGUCUAAAUUCUCUUUAUGCCACAGGGAUGAUGAUUCUGUCUUGUUGUCCUGGAGGAAGUACGUCUAACGUGAUUACUUAUUUCUGUGAUGGAGAUGUUUCUUUAAGUGUUGCUAUGACGACUUGGUCAACGAUCAUUGCCCUUGGAAUGAUGCCAUUUAACUUGUGGGUUUAUGGACACGGAAUAGAUACAGGGGAAGUUUCUGUUCCUUAUUGGAAGUUGGCGCUGUCUUUGGUAAUGAUUACCUUGCCUCUUGCUAUUGGAAUGAUAGUUAAGGCGAAGUUACCAAAAGUGGCUCCGUAUUUCACAAAGAUAGGAAGCUACAGCGGAUUUGCUGUCAUUCUUGUCGUUCAGAUAAUGGAAGUCUUCAUUUUUCCUGACAUUUUUAAGAACGUGCCAUUUACUCUUUAUAUAGCUGAAGUGAUAAUGCCAAGUGCGGGAAUAAUUCUUGGAAUCGUUUUUGGAUGGAUAUUUCACCAGCCGUGGCCUCUUUCUAGAACCAUUGGGAUUGAAUCUGGAUUUCAGAAUGUCGGAACAGCCCUAACUGUGAUUUCCCUAUCAUUCCCUUUUGAAGUUCAGAAAGAGAUUCUCUUAUUUCCUGCGUUAUACGGUUUUUGCAUGUUGUCUGUUGGAUUUAUCAUGGUCCUAAUAUUCAAAACAUACAAGAGAUUAUUCCGAAAGAAACCCAGUAGCGUCACUGACGAACCUUUGGAUAAAUCUCAACAAUCAGAAGAAAUCACAGAAAUGAAGGAUAACGAUCUCAAAGGGGUGGAUAAUCCUGAAUUCGUAUGUGAUCCUGAACUUCAAGAUGAUAAGACUUCGCCUGCUUCUCAUUGAUUUUUGUUUGUAACUAAACAGAUGAAAAUAGUAUAUGUAUAAUUAUAGACACACAAACACACAUAUAUAUACACACAUAGAGAUUAUGUACGUUAUAUUAAAAUGAUUUUGGAGCCUCACCACAUCGAUACAGUACGUGUCAUCAUGUCCGAUCAUGGUAUCUGACCGGCAAGCAUUUUGACAAUAUAUAUAUAUCUGCAGCAUAGUUUCCGUUGGAAAAGGGUCUGUCGUAAGGUUGCCACGUCCAAAGCACACAACUGCUUCCCGUUGUUUUCAAUAAUCCAUCCAGUGUACGAGGACGACGAAUCUCGGCGUCUGUUUCAAUUGUUCGAUCGCACGGGAAUUCAUAAACGCUGCGUCGCGACUUGACCGCCAUGUCUGUGUAUAGAAUAACAGGAGUACCCAUUACAUCCUCCAGCUGGUUGAGGUAUGCAACGGUUGAACAGAUAAUGCGUGGAAGUAGCUUGAGUAUACAUUACACGUGCCGCUUUUCCGGACUGAAAUCUUUAUUGAUUAUGUUUCUCACCGCUGCCUGGGUCACGUAGACGGCUUUUGCCACUGACUAAAAAACGAUAACUUUCGGUAGCAUAUCAAAAUCUACGAUGCCCAACCAUGCCAAAAUAUAGUUGUUAUACAUUUCGUUCUAUGGCGAACUUAUAUCGCUGUGGUUGUCCUGUGAUUUGUGAUUUACAUAUUCAAAAUCAUGUUAAUAUAACGUGCUUAGCUCUCUUUUACAUCUUUUGCAAAUAUAUCAUUAAAUCAGAGAAAAUUAGCACUUUGACCUUUGAUUUUUUUUUUUAAAGUAUACUGGAAUAGAUUCAAUUUUUUUAAGUACAUUGG